AUGGACGCGCCUCUUCCCGACUACUAUCGAACGCUGGGUGUGAGUGCGACUGCUUCUGCUGCCGAGAUCAAGGAAGCGUACAAGCGGCGCUCGCUCAAGACGCAUCCGGAUCGUUUCCCCAACGCCACGCCGGCAGAGCGACAACGCUACACGCAGAAGUUUCAGACGCUCGCAGACGCCUACUACGUUCUCUCGGAAACGGAUCGACGUCGAGAGUACGACCAGCUGCGCAACUCGCGCCCGAGCACCGACUCUUUCUAUUCCAACGCAUCGUACGACGAGGACGACGAAGCCGCAUCCGAGUUUAGCGAAAAGGAGCAAAGCUACUCGGCCAACUUUUUCCAGAGCUUCUUCCCUGGCGCGUUCAAGCAGGACGAGCAGCAAAACGACGACAACAACGACAGUAACCGCACCGACACCAACGAGGAUCGUCGUCGCAGAGCUGGUAGCCAUCAACCACAGGCGGACGGUGUGUUUGCCAACGUCUUUGAAGAGCUGCUUCGACCCGAGGUGCACCGCGUUGCCCCGUUCUGGAAGUGGGUGGGUGGCGCAUCUGGUACAGCGCUUGGCUUCAUUGUAGGCAACAUUCCUGGUGCACUUGCGGGCGCUUUCGCCGGAAGUCAGCUCGGAAGGAUUCGAGACGCCAAAGGAAAGAGCGUAGCCGAGGUGUUUAUGUCAUUGGGAGCUGCGCAGAGAGCCGAGGUGUUGACAAACUUGCUUCAGCGUGUGCUCAACCAGCAAACGCGACCCGUGCCGCAAUGA